CCGGCUGGCCACUCAGAGGAAGCCUCCAUCCACCACAGGGAGUCAAGUCAAAGCCACCACCACCCCCGCUUUCUGUAACUGGAAUCUGCAUAUGGGCCUGAGGGGGCCCAUUAGGAAAACACCUAUUUUCAUAGACUCCCAACCAACACUCUAAAUAAUUGGUGCUUUUGCUGAGGAAGACCCAUGAGAAAUUGACUUUUUUUUUUUUCUUCUGGGUGACAUUGCGAGGACAGUGUCAUGAUUGGGUGAGUCAUUUGAUACAUUGUUGACAAGAUGCAAACUGCUCUCUACCCACCUGGGAAGCUCCAGUGGGUCUGGCAUUCUUUCAAUCCCUAAUCAAGAUGCUGUUAAGCAGCUGAUGGCUUACAGUGAACAGGGAUGAAACUAUUGGUUUUGCAAGCAGCUGCUGGAAAGACAACUUGAUAGAGCUUUAGUGAGGUGGCUUUCUAGAAGAUGACCAUAGAGGACCUUCCAGAUUUUCCAGUAGAAGGAAAUUGUUUGAUUGGAAGAUACCCGUUUUUAUUUCCAGGUUCUGAGACACCAGUUGUUUUUUCCAUUUCUGCGGCACCAAUGCCUUCGGACUGCGAGUUUUCUUUCUUUGAUCCUAAUGAUACAUCAUGCCAGGAAAUUCUCUUUGAUCCGAAAACUUCUGUAUCAGAAUUAUUUGCCAUUUUAAGACAGUGGGUUCCUCAGGUCCAGCAAAACAUUGACAUUAUUGGAAAUGAGAUUCUUAAGAGAGGCUGCAAUGUGAAUGACAGAGAUGGAUUGACAGAUAUGACUCUUUUACAUUACACUUGCAAAUCUGGAGCUCAUGGUAUUGGUGAUGUUGAUACAGCUGUAAAAUUUGCAAUUCAGCUUAUUGAUCUGGGAGCAGAUGUUAGUUUACGGAGUCGCUGGACAAAUAUGAAUGCUUUGCAUUAUGCUGCUUAUUUUGAUGUCCCUGAGCUUAUAAAAGUGAUUUUGAAGACAUCUAAACCAAAAGAUGUAGAUGCCACUUGCAGUGACUUUAAUUUUGGAACAGCUCUGCAUAUUGCUGCUUAUAACUUGUGUGCAAGUACUGUGAGAUGCUUAUUGGAGCACGGAGCAAAUCCUGCAUUUAGGAAUGACAAAGGACAGAUCCCUGCUGAUGUCGUUCCGGACCCAGUGGAAAUGCCUCUGGAGAUGGCCGAUGCUGCCGCAACUGCUAAAGAAAUCAAGCAGAUGUUGUUGGACGCAGCGCCCCUGUCGCGUGACCUUUCAAAGCCCCUGCUUCCAAACUGUGACCGUGUCACUAGCAAGGCGAUGCUCACAUCCCUCGGUCUGAAGUUGGGGGAUCGCGUCAUUAUUGCAGGACAGAAGGUUGGAACAUUAAGAUUUUGCGGAACAACAGAAUUUGCAAGUGGGCAGUGGGCUGGUAUUGAGUUGGACGAACCAGAAGGAAAAAACAAUGGAAGUGUUGGGAAAAUCCAGUACUUUAAAUGUGCCCCCAAAUACGGUAUUUUUGCACCACUUUCAAAGAUAAGUAAAGCGAAAGAUCGAAGGAAGAAUAUAGCACACACUUCUUCUGGGAAAGCUGUGCCUCUCAUCAGGUCCCAGAAAAUUGAUGUAACUCAUGUAACGUCAAAAGUAAACACUGGAUUAAUGACUUCAAAAAAAGAUAGCGCUUCUGAAUCAACACUUUCAUUGCCUCCUGGUGAAGAACCGAAACCUGUAACAGAGAAAGAUGGUACCCUGCUUGGACCCAGCAGCAGCUCCUCCUCCACAUCAUCUUUGGAACACAAACCGAGCUACCCCAAGAAACUGAAUGCACGUAGCAAUAACAAGAAGACAAUGAGCAAAAGCCCGUCUGUCUCCUCUAGAGCCAGUGCUGGUUUGAAUUCCUCAGGAGCAUCUGUAGCAAAUAACAGCCGCUGUGCAGGAGAGCCCCACCUCGGAGAUAGAGUGCUGGUGGUAGGCCAGAGAAUCGGCACCGUUAAGUUCUUCGGGACAACAAACUUUGCUCCAGGAUAUUGGUACGGUAUAGAGCUUGAGAAACCCCAUGGCAAGAAUGAUGGUUCAGUUGGAGGUGUGCAGUACUUUAGUUGUUCUCCAAGAUAUGGAAUAUUUGCUCCCCCAUCCAGGGUACAAAGGGUAACAGAUUCCCUGGAUACUCUUUCAGAAAUUUCUUCGAAUAAACAGAAUCAUUCUUAUCCUGGUUUUAGGAGAAGUUUCAGUACGACUUCUGCUUCUUCCCAAAAAGAGAUUAACAGAAGAAAUGCUUUUGCCAAACCGAGACCUGCCCUGCGCCGCAGUUGGGGCAGCACCACCUCCGCUGGGAGCGGGGAAGGGAGCGUGAAGCUGCACGAGGGGUCCCAGGUCCUCCUCACCAGCUCUAAUGAGAUGGGGACCGUUAGGUAUGUGGGGCCCACUGACUUUGCUUCUGGAAUCUGGCUUGGACUUGAGCUUCGAAAUGCCAAGGGGAAGAAUGACGGAGCCGUGGGUGACACGCGCUAUUUCACCUGUAAGCCAAACCACGGAGUCUUAGUUAGGCCAAGCAGAGUAACCUAUCGGGGAAUAAAUGGGUCAAAGCUUGUGGAUGAGAAUUGUUGAGUUAAACUUCUAACAUAUUCACUGAGCUCAUAUACAUGCCUAAAGAGCCCAUGGCCAAUGGUUUAUUUAUUUAGCCAUUAUUUUAGAUUUGAAAAUAGAGCUAUCUUCCUAAAAAAAAAAAAACAUAACAAUUCAGAGAGACUCCUUUAGAAAGCUAGAAAUCUGAACCAUGGGAACCAUGGUUCUCUUAAAAUAAGUUCAAAAUAAGCAUUUUUAAGAGCUUUUAAAGCUUUAGAGCCAAGGACAUUCUGAGACUUAGGGAAAAAAAUGUGCCCUUAGGUAACCAACUGACGUUGCUUACUCGGUUUCAUUUUUGCACAUAAUACUGGAUUUUUCAUAGGCUGUCAUCGUGAGAGUUUUCACAGGCUUUGGUUAACAUAUGACCGUCACAUCCUUUUUUCUGUCAAGUAUUUUUGGAGUUUUUCUUUCUGUACUAAUAAGUACAGUAAGAGAAGAGCAGCUUAUGAUUAGUGUAUUUUUCUUCUCUCUUUUUUUUUUUUUUGGAAAUGAUUUGCCCUUUCAGGAAUGCCUCAUCUAGAGAUAUGUUAAAACUCUGGAGUCGAAUGGGCCUUCGAGGCUCUUCUGCUGAGCCUCUCAGCUAUUGCCAGAUAGAGAAAUGGAGGUUCUAGAGCAGUUCUUUUACCCAGAGUCUCUAACUAGCUGAUUAACAGAGCUCAGAAUAGAAUGGGGGUCUCCUGACCUGUGGCUCGUGCUCUUUCCUCUAUACAAAGUAUGUAAUCACAGAUUUUUCUUCUGUGUUGGCAAUUGCCUCAUCUGAAUGAACUACAAAACCCCAUCAUUAGGUUUAUGAAUUCAAGUCAUAAUUGGAAUUUUUUGCACGUACUUGUCUAAUUCCUUAUUGGACAUACCUAUAAAACACACACACGAAGCACUUUUAAAACAAUGCACUUUCAUCUUUGUGGAGAAUUUGCCAUUAUUUCUUCCUGGGAUAUGAAAAACAUUUAGAAAAAUUAUAUUUAAGAGAAGAGAAUAAAUUAAGAUGUGUUAGGAAGAAUAUAAUAGUUAUUUAAAUGUUUAUGAUUUCUCGAUGUUUUUGGUUCUAAUCAUAAAACUGGUGUUGUGUUUGCUACCUUUGCUGUUUUUAUGUUUUCAGUUGUUGCAAAAUUCAGCCUGUUACAAAGCUACAGAACUGUAUCAUGUUUUUGUAUUUCUUUUUGAGCACAUGUUAACAAACUGGGCUUCAAAAUAUAGUGAUAUAAUGUAAAACAUUUGUGUUGUGGAUAUGUAGUGACAUUUAUGUCUUAUAUGUGUAGAGAUUUAUCUUUUAGUGUAGAUAUGUAGCCUUUAAACGACACAGAAAUAUUGAAACAGUUUACUUUAUAAGAUUAAAAGUAUCCUUUAGAAUGGAGGUCGCUUUGUGCUUAGAAAUAAUAUGUUGAACUAUUUUGCAAUAUACUAUUUAAAAUCUAAAUUCUGUUGCUUUGCUGCCUUUUUAAAAAGAAGUGUGGUAUUUCAAAUAUUGCCAGAGCUAUUUUCCUGAUAUACAUUUGCAAAAUAUGGCUGCUUUAUAAUCAAGGAAUAUUUUUAUUGAUUGAAGAAAAUGCCUGUAUUGCAAUUCAAAAGUAAACUUAUUUUAUUAUACAGCUUAUUUCUUUAAAACUCUAUUUAUACCUUAAUAUGGAAUUCAUGAUUACUCUGAACUUGGGUGUCCAUAAUUCUUCCUGUUAAAUAUGAAACACUCUAAGAAACAGUAAUGCCGACUCUAAGGUCAGGGAAACAAUUGUUCUCAUAUUUAGAUUAGGAUCAUUAAAUCCAUAUAAUGUGUAUGUUUACAUAUACUAUACAUACAAAUGAAGUGUUUUCAUUUGUGUUUUGCUUACUAAAUGUCAUUCACAGUUCAAUUCUUGAGCAUUAAUAAAAAAGGGAAGCUGUUUCGGUCUU